AUGCCUUACAACACUCGUAGCAGAUCCACCGGUGACCAAAUCAAUAACCAAGGCCAAUUUGCGGGUCAAGGACAAUUGGCUCCAGGCCAAUCUUUUGAUCCAGCCUUAUCUGGUGGUCAACAAGCACAACCAGGAGGAUAUGAUGCAUCCCAACAAAGCUACGGCCAACAGCCCGCUGGCUACAACAAUACUGGUUACGAUAAUAAUACUGGUUACGGUGACAACAACACUGGCUUUGCUGAUAACAAUAUCGGCUAUGGCGAUAACAAUACUGGCUAUGGCGAUAACAGUACUGGUUAUGACAACAACAAUAAUAACAUCAGUAGUCAACAAAACUACGGAUCAGACCAACAAAACUACGGAUCAGACCAACAAAACUACGGAUCAGGCCAGCAAAGCUACGGAUCAAACCAGCAAAACUACGGAUCAGAUCAACAACAAUCCAACAACCAAGGCGAUGAUUCCUUGGCUGACAAGGUUGAAAACAUGUUGGAGAAGUUGGCCAACAAGAUUUCUGGAAGCAGGAAUGCCCCGUCUGGCAAUAACAACGCUGGCACUGGUGGCUUCAGCAACCACUAA